UCCUUCACUAUCUUGCUCUUACUGUUCCACUUCCUCUCGCUCACCUCUCGAUCGAUCUCCAUCACGAUCUUUUGGUCGAUCAAGCGCCGAUGUGGUUUCCGUGGCUCAAAAUCCGUCGAAGUAAGUGCAGUACCGUCUCCGUCUUCCUCUCCAUCUGCUCCGUCGCUUCCUUCUCCUUCAAAGAUAUCGAAGCUCUCCUCCGCGACGAAGAACCCACCACUCCUCCAAAAUCCCCAUCCACAGUCUUCCGUCGCACCUUAUCCGCUGCCUCCUCCUUCCGAUCCUCCCGCCAGAUUUCCCCGACGCCGCUACCUCAUCCCGUCGCCAGCGACAACCGCAUCGUGCUCUACUACACGAGCCUACGCGUGGUCCGCCGCACCUUCGAGGAAUGCCGCGCCGUCCGGAACAUCCUCUGUGGCUUCCGCGUGGCUAUCGACGAGCGGGACCUUUCGAUGGACUCGCGCUUCCUUGUGGAAUUGGAGGGAAUUUUGGGCGGGCGGAAGAAGCUUACUCUCCCGCUGGUUUUCAUCAGCGGCCGGCUAAUCGGCGGCGCAGAAGAGAUCUGGCGCCUCCAUGAAACCGGUGAGCUCAAGAAAUUCGUCCAAGGGUUUCCUUCAGCUGCCCUGGAUGUCUGCCGGGGCUGCGGCGGCGUUCGCUUCGUCCUUUGUCAGAUCUGCAAUGGAAGCCACAAAUGCUCGAACGAGAAGGCCAGUGGGUUUAGCAGUUGCCCCGCCUGCAACGAGAAUGGCCUCAUCCGCUGCCCAGAAUGCUCGCUCUAAUCAAAAGAGGUAUGACUGGCCGUGAAAUGAUAACUGGAAAGGUAAGAUGAAUUGCGCAUCAACUACUUAAUUCUUCUUCUCGAAACAAGCUUUUCUUGGUUCCCUGUUCCUGUAAUGAUGGGAAAAUGUAGAUUCGUAUGCACUUCAAAAUGUGUUCUGUUCUGUUCUGUUUUUUCGUUUAGGCCAAUUUACUACUAUCUUACUUUCGCUGAGAAAGUUUUUAGACUAAGCAUAUUUAAAGAUUAUAUUAAGCGUAUAAGCAUGAUUUAAAAAAAAAAAAUAUUAAAAACUAGGCAAAGUCGCCCAAGGGCAACUUAUGCUAGAUAGGCAUGGCUGAGUCAGCUAGUAGUUAUUCAUAAAGAAAAUUAGGAUUAACAAAAGUCAUCGGAUUAAUUGACAACUUAUGUAAGUCAAUUAUCUUUAAAAAAGUAUGAAAAAAUGGCUAUUUUGUGCCAUUGGACACUAAAGUAAGUCGACCGUAAUGUAAGUAUCUUUUUAAAAAAAUUAAAAAAUAUAGUUAUUUGGUGCCAUUAGAUACUGAAGUAGCUGUGACAGAUAGAAUUAAAUGCAUGUGACUUGAGCUAUAAAGAUGUGUUGUUCCAUUAGCUAGUCUUGUCAGCUUCAUCUUUAUUAUUUUUAUCAUUAUAUUCAUGACAGUUCUGUAUGUUAUAUAUAUAUAUAUAUUGAAAUGUGAGAUCUCUUACUCAACAUUGUUUUAUUUCAACAUAAAUAUGUAGUGCAAGGCUCCCCCAAGGUUUAAGUAGUUUGAAAAUAUUUUAUAGUUUAUGCAACUUUUUAUACAACACUUUGCAAUGUAUUUAUCAAUUAUGGAUUUGAUUCGAACAACUCCCACAAAGCAUAUGAUUAAAAAUGGUAGCAUUCGUUUGAAAGAGAGUUUGGAGCUACCUACUAUUGAAUUCCUUGAACGAAAGGCCAAAGCUAAUGAAUAUUUUCGAUGUUGUAUGAGUUUCUGGAGCGAAGAUGAAGAUUAUGCAUUGUGGCAUGUGCAUGAUGAGGUUAUGAAAGUUAAGCUGUACAUAGUGGAUAAUGAUCUUAAAGAUGUGGGAUGGAGAUCUACAACAGAGGUUCAAGGAGGAUAGUUAGCAUUGGGUUCCGUUGCACUUCCUCAAGGGCUAGAUUCGUGAGAUUUGAUGCGACAAAGAAAGAUGUGUUGUGAAGAUUGUUGAAAGAUCAAUGGUUGAUGUAAAUCACUGUAUUUUUUAUCACAUGUGGCAUCGUAGAUAGGAUCAAUUCCCGUUAGAGUCCUAUAAGACGCUAAUGGGAGUUGUGGUGUCCGGAGAAAAAUAGUUUUUGAAUGCAACAUACUGCAAUACAUUCAAUAGGAGUUUUGAGUUCAACUUCAAAUAUAGUCUAACUCAGACACAACUCCAAGCUUGCCUGCACAUGAUAAUAUGAAAUGUCUAAUUGAUUA